GGCCAUAAACCUCCUCCCACUCCUCUCUGUUUUGUCUACUGAACGAUUUCAAUGGGUUCCAAAAGCAAAAGCAAGAACAAAAAUGGGGCAAAGAAAAAUCCAGAUGCUAACAAGGCUGUAGAAGUCGCCGGAAACCGCGUGUUCGGCGGCGGCAACAAAGCAAUCACAGACGACAGGUUUGCUCUGUCGCAGAAGGAUCCUAGGUUUCAGGAUGUGCCCAAGCACAAAACAAAGGUGGCGAUUGAUUCGCGUUUUAGUCGUAUGUUCACUGAUAAGAACUUCUCUACUUCCUCUGCUCGUGUAGAUAAGCGAGGCAGAGCUAAACAAGAUGGAGAUUCAUCUCAAAGUGCUCUUAAACACUAUUAUCGAAUGGAUGCUGAAGAAAAGAAACAGAAAAAACGACCUGAGGAAUCGGAUGACGAUGACGACGUGGAAAGCGACGAAGAGAAGGAGGAAUCUGAGAGUGAUGACGCCGAAAUUUUGAAGGCUGUUAAGCAAACAUCGUCUAAAUUCAAAUCAGCGCCGGAAUUGGAAACGGAAUCCUCGGAAGAAGAAGAGGAAAAGGAAGAGGAAGAGGAAGAGAAAGAAAAAGGUGAAGACGAUUUAAUGGAUGAUGAUACUACAACGGAUACAGAUGAAGAUGAUGAAGCUUAUCUAGAAGAGGAAACUACUGGUUUGCAGCUGGAGGAGAAUGUACCUGAAAUUGACAAAGAAACUCACAGGCUCGCAAUUGUUAAUUUGGAUUGGAAUCAAGUUCGGGCAGUUGACUUGUACGUUGUGUUAAGCUCAUUUCUGCCAAAAACAGGGCAGAUUUUGUCUGUUUCUGUAUACCCAUCUGAUUUUGGACUCAAGCGUAUGGAAGAGGAGGCAGUGCGGGGCCCAGUUGGUUUAUUUGAUGAUGAUGGGAAAAGUGAUAGUGACAACAGUGAUGAUGACAAUGAGAUAGACAAUGACAAGUUGAGGGCUUAUGAACUAAGUAGAUUAAGGUACUAUUUUGCAGUGGUGGUAUGUGAUUCAGUUGCUACAGCUGAUUACAUUUAUAGAACCUGUGAUGGAAUCGAGUUUGAAAGGUCAUCAAAUAUGUUGGAUUUGAGGUUUAUUCCAGACUCUAUGGAGUUUGAACAUCCUCCACGUGAUGUUGCAACUGAGGCUCCAGCAAAUUAUGAAGGUGUAGAUUUUCAAACUCGAGCAUUGCAACAAAGUAAAAUUGAUCUUACUUGGGAUGAGAAUGAACCCCAACGUUCCAAGAAGCUUAAAAGGAAAAUUAAUGUUGAUAAGGAAUCGGAGUAUGUUAAGGAUGAAGAACAAUUAAAAGAAUUCAUUGCUUCAAGUGAAAGUGAAUCUGAAUCAGAUGAAGAAGGUGAAAACAAUAAAAACUCCGGAAAGAGACAAAAAACAGACAAAUACCGCGCUCUACUCCAAUCCAAUUCCGAUUCCGAUUCCGACGAUGAUGACACCGGAAUGGACAUGGAAGUCACUUUCAACACCGGAUUAGAAGAUCUGAGCAAAAAAAUCCUCGAGAAAAAAGACAAAAAAUCUGAAACCGUUUGGGAGGCUAAUCUCCGCAAGCAAAAAGAAAAAAAGAAAGCUCGAAAAAGCAAAACCAUGGAUUCCGACGACAGUUAUGAUUCCGGUCGGGAACCCAUGGAGGAAUCCGGCGACUUUUUCGCCGGAGAUGCCGAUAAUAAAAAGGAUAAAAAAGGUAAAAAUUUGGAUAAAGAAGGUGAAGCGAGUAAAGAAGAACUUGAAUUACUACUUGGUGAUGAUGAUGGGAAUGUGAAAGGGUAUAAUUUGAAACGGAAAAAGAGUAAAGGGCAAAAAGGGAAAAAAGAAGGUAUGGAUGAGGAGAAGAUACCCACCAUUGAUUAUGACGAUCCACGGUUUUCAUCUCUUUUUACCCGACCCGAUUACGCUUUGGACCCCACGGAUCCUCAAUUCAAAAGGAGUGCGGCUUAUGUGCGUCAGGUUGCACACAAGCAACAUAAAGGUGAUAUGGAGAGAAAGGAGGGAGAACAUAAUAAUGAGUCAUGUGAAGAAAUUAAGGCUUCAAAAGUGGAUGAUAGAAUUGAUUCAAAGAAAGAUAAACAUGAGAUGUCGAUGCUUCUCAAGUCUGUUAAAAUGAAAUCAAAACAACUCCCGUUGUUACCUUCUUCUGAUGCUAAGAAAUCCAAGAGGAAAGGGAAAUAAAGGCAUAAAAUUUGAUGGGAUUAUUGUUCGUGUGAGAUCGGUAUUCAAUUUUUGUUUUUUUUCCCCUACAAUUUUAAUGUUAUGGUUUUAAAGUUUUGUAUUCAUUACCAUAUUUAUUUGUUUUGGAUUCAUUUUUAGAGAGGUUAAUUGCA